GUUCCACCAGUGAAAAGAUGCACACCCCGUCAUGGCGUUGCAUCACUUGUAAACAAUGGAGGAUGUGUUGAGUGAGGUUUGUUCCUCUGAAGACUUGAAGGUCUUUGAAAAGAAGUACAAUGAUGAAUUAGUGAAAGGCUUAGUCUCAAGCACUACUCAGUUUGAGUACGCCUGCUUCCUAGUUCGUAGCAGAUACCCAGCAGACAUCCAGCGAGGUGUGGUCCUCCUAGAGGAACUCUACAAACGACCAGAGGAAAUCGGCAAAAGAGAUUACGUGUUCUACCUUGCAAUUGGGAAUGCUCGUUUGAAGGAAUACCAGACUGCUCUUAACUAUUUGAAGGGCCUGCUUCGAGUCGAGCCUGGCAACAGACAGGUUCAGGAGUUGGAAACAGUUAUUAAGAAAAAAAUGGAAAAAGAUGCCAUGAAGGGAGCUGCCAUUGCUGGAGGAGCAAUACUGGGAGUAGGGGCCCUGAUUGGCCUCGGAAUGGCCCUCGCUAAGAAAUAGAUGAUGGAAACAAGAUUGACCUUCCCUUGGGCUUUUUUUUUUUUUUUUUUUUUUUUUUUUUUUUUCAGUUUGUUUCCCUUCUUGAUCUCAAGAAAGUAGAAUUAGAAAAAAAGUAAAAAAAAAGUCAAAAGAAAAUAUAAAGUAAGAAAAAUAACACAAGGAGUUUUUCAUGCAUUGAUUCCAUCAGAUCUAAAGAAGAGGUUUAUUUUUCUGACCUGUCUUUAAUAUUUAUUACUAAGGUUCUUCAUUUAAUCAAUUCACGUGAAAAAUGAACUGAGAAGUUAAAGUUGGGUUUGCAUUUUUCUCAUUCAAAGGUUUUGCAUGCAGUUUUUGGCUUAACCUCUGAAGAUUGUAAACUGUUCAAGGAUUGCAGUUUUCGUACAGUCUUGGAAUGAAUUUUGUAUAUUUGUAGAGUUACAUAACACGUCCCCAAAGGAAGAUUGGCAAUAUUCAUACUUGUGUAGCUUCAUCAAAUACUCCUACAUACAUCCUGGAAGUGUUCUAUCAUGUACAUAGCUUUCAGAUUAUUAUUAUAUCUGCCAUUAUUUAGCUGUGAAUGGUUUUGAAUAUAUCAUAUCAGUCAAUCUUGAGUAAAUACACAUACAUGAAGCUGUGAUUGUGUGAUUACUUGUAGUAUGUGUGAUUACUUGUAGUAUAUUGUGAAUGUGAUGUUAAGUUGUAUAUAGGUUUUGAUUAGCUUUACAUGAACGAUUAUUGAAUUACUAUUUAACUUUCCGUUCAUGUUUUCCUCUGUUUUUCGUCUUUCCUUUUUUCAAUUGUAAAAUGUCAAGAGUGUGUUAGGAUGAGUAGUCCGCAUUUUGGUCCAUGUAUCUGCCAAUCAGGGUAUUUGAUUCAGUGACUUAGUUUAUGCUUGAUUAUGUAAAUGUAUAACUACAAUACCUUCCAGAUGUAUUAUCUAUUCCCAUGUACACCCUGCACAAGCCGAGUCAUUGAGCCAAAAAUCAUUUUACAAACAGGUACACAUUCUUGAACACAAAGCUCAUAAUUGUUUGCACAGGUUUUAUUAGAAAAUAUCUGUAGUGCCACUAUGCUAUACUGAGCUUUUUUUUUUGUACUAAACGAACUACAUUGAUGGCCUUAUUGAAACUUCCAGAAAUUCCUUCAGGUUGCAAUUUAUCCACAGAUACAUGUUUUGUGUUGUGUAUAGUUUUUAGAUAGCCAUCACUUUUUAAGGUUGUAAGAUAUAAAUAUAUAUUAUUCACAAGACA